AUGGAUGUCAAUGCAAUUCUUUAGGAAAGGAAGCGAUUAAGAAUUCAAAAGGAAAAAAUCAGAGAGUGUACAUUAUAAAGGAAAUUUAGACAAAAAGAAAAAUACUUUAAUUAAGAAUUGAAUGAAAAACUUGAAAAGGACAUUUUGGCUGAAAAAAAACAAUCAUUUUAUAAAGAGCUUUUUGAGUAAGACAACAAUCAAAGUCAAGAAAAUUAAGAAAUUAAGCCUAAUUAAAAUCAAAAGCAAAAUAGUUUAGAGAUUAAGAAAAAUAUAAACAAAAAAAAGGAAAGAAAAUAAAUUAAAAAAGUUUUUACUUAGAAAAAUGCAAAAGGUUAACCAAUUUUAAAGAACUAUUUAAAUUUGAUGAUCAAAAAAAUAGAAAAAGAAAAAGCUACUAAGAAUUGA